GGGACACCUGAGCAGUAGCGUCACACCUUGUUCAGACUUCCAUCAACACACAUUAAGACAGAAGUGUUACAGUAAACACUGCCUUUCACGCGAAUUCUGUCCCUCGUCUUAUUCAGAAACGCUACGCGUAUUAGCCGAGCCUGGACAUCGCCAUACCAUUGUCGUUGUAUGAGACAGGUGUCUUCUCUAUUGAGAAUCAUGUCGGCGCGCUUUUCAGUUCAACCCAUAGGCCGCUUUGCUGGUGCAAGUCAGCCUGUCAAAAGACCAAAGGAGUUUGCCUGCUUCUCAUACGACGACAACCAUGAGUUUCACCUAGACGACUCAUCUCUCAAGUACUAUUACACACCACAGCUUGGGGCUGACCUCUCCAAAGGCUUUGAUACAUUUCAGAAGUUGGACGAUACCGGAGACGAUCACCUUGACAGUCUCCUCAAGACUAUCGCUGCGCACGAGCAAGAAACAGGCAAGAAGAUUGAUGCCAACAUUGUCACAUGGAGAGGCAUGAUGACAAAGAUUAUGGCAGCACCUUUUGACCAGAUGGACGGCUUCGAGAUGAAUGCCACUUUGUAUCAAGAUUGCAUCUUCAUUGAGGAGAACAACGCCUACAAGAUUGCUUCCAGAUCAAAUGAGGGAAACAACAAACGAAGACGAGGACCACCAUUAGAAGUAAUGCAGUUUUGGGGAUACAAGUUUGAAACGUUGUCGACUCUGCCAGCGCCAUGGGCUGAAACGUCCCGCGACUUCAUCGAAAAUCGAGAGAACGAAGCCGUCAACAACAAAGCCCAAUAUUGUUCUGUCGUUCGAACGGGCAUCGGAAAAUCUGUCCUAUGUCUCGGUGGCGAAGUUGAUGCCAUCUGGGAUUCCAAACCUGAAGAAAAGGGCAGCCCCAUCAACUGGGUUGAACUCAAGACAUCAGCCGAGAUUCGCAACCCAGGCGGCAUGGAGAACUUCAAACGUAAGCUCAUGAAGUACUGGAUACAGUCAUUUCUUCUCGGUGUGCCACGCAUUGUUGUCGGUUUUCGCACGCAGGAUGGUAUUCUAGUCGAGGCAAGGGAAAUGGAAACGCAUCGUAUUCCCGAUAUGGUCAAUGCCGACCCGAAUCCCAAAUGGAACGCCGAUAUGUGUGUCAACUUUGCCGCUACUUUCUUAGAGUGGCUAACAGAGAACAUAAACGAUGAGGGCGUUUGGAGAAUAAGACGCGAGCCUCAGUCACCAACAAUCGAGCUAUUCAAGGUGGAGGAGACAGGUCACGGCGAUAUCUUGUCUGAUGAGUUCAAGAAUUGGAGAAUCAAGUUGGCUCUUGGGCCCAGCGAUGCUUCCUGAUAAAUGUUGGGCUGACUUGUGCACGUUAUAGUCAUUGAGGAAAGGUCCUCAUGGUCACUUAAAUUAUUGGAUACAGAUCGUGGACGGACUAUACUCAGAUUCUUACGGUGCUCAAUUAACAAGUCUAGGCUGUGUCUGCAUCUAGUUGUCUACCUGCCAGUAUCGAAACAGCUGCAAUGUAAUGAAGAUUAAAACAAGAGUUGCCUCCGUACCAUCCAUGUUCUUAAAUGCAAUUCCUUACAACGCCCCACGCACCUCGCAGAAAAACAGGAAAACCAAACUAGUAGACCAGGUCAAUGAGAUCAUCCGCGACAUAUCGUUAUAUCGUGAGCGUCAUGCUAGACCGGGGUCGUCAAAUGCUGAUGAAAAUACGGCUGCCAAUAAGCUCCUCGAAGACUCGCUUUUAUCUUCCAUCUGGAAGGCAAACAAUGCAAAAUGAGUAGCAAAAGAAACUGCAUACGAAUCGUACAACAUGUAAGACGCAGUGCCGCCUAUUUUAGGUCAUGCCGCCAUGUUAAAUCGUUCAUCCCUGCUAAGCACGCCUUAGAAUCAGACAGCGGGCCAACGAAUUCGAAGACCGUCUACCCAACGUGAGUAGAGCACGUCGGAUAACUGUUUGCAAUGCUCCAUGCCAGAUCUGGCCUCCUGACCAGGAUAUUUGUUCUCGGUGGCCAACUUCUCAGGGUCAAAGUUCUUCUCGUACAUGGUAGGAGUAUCAGCAUGACGGCGUCGAUGGCUGCGCAAAUGAGGAUUGUUUGAAGCCAUGACGAGUUUAGUUGGACUCGACGCAGGGGUGGUGUUCUUGACAACCACAGUACCUUGCGGGGUGCCGUCACCAGGAAUCUUCUGAGCGGGCUGUCGAAGGAUCGUUGCGCUGAGCUUGUUGUCUUGAGAGAUUGAUGAUACCAUGCUCGUCAUAAGGUGAUAGGCCCCCUCAGGAUCAACUGCGUCCAAUGCUGCGAAAGCAUCAGAUAAUUUGGCCAGCGCUUCUCGCUUCUGCAUCGCAGAGGUUUGAGCGUGCAGCUCGGCCAGAGAAGGCUCCACAGCUUUGUUGUACAAGCGUCUCCCCAGUACAGCCUCUUUGCCAUACGGUUCAACAGAAGUUGUGGUAGGACGGGGAAGGUUCUCAUCACAGAAGACAUCGUCGGGGGAGACUGGUCGGUUCCCUUGACUCCCAUUUGAACCAUCUGAAGGGACUCUUCUGAAAAGACGCAUAGUCGAUCCCGAAUUGCCAAACGACAUAUCGGGUUGGAGAGGUCUCUUAGGAGCGAUGGAACCCCGGGGAGAACCAGGCCGCAUUGAUGUUUCUUGAGCUAAAGACGGUGCUCGUCGGACCGUUGACUUCCUGACAGUACCCGGGGCGGGAGAAGUUCCUCCAAGAGGACCAUCCUUGACAUCUAGCUUCUUCAUCGCCUCCUCGGCAUUCCAGAUGGAUGAGGGCUUUCGGUGCUGCUUGAUCGUCGGCCUCUUGGGAGGUGGUGCGACAGAUUUUACUGUGUCAAAGACCCAUUCCUGCUGCUCAUCCUUAGGGGUCAUACUUUGAAGGGUCUCUUGAUAGUAAAUAGGAUGCUUCUGUCUGUUCUGGUUGGCGUCCCACAUCUGUCGACGAGCAAUAAGUUCCUGCAAAGCCUCCACCUUGCCCGCGUUACGGAUGAAACGGUGGCGUAGUAGGUCCUUUGCGGAUGGUCGACGGUCAUAGUCCUUGGUGAGGCACUGUGCAAUGAAGUCCUUGAAAUCUUUGCUAAAGUUGCCCUCAAGACGGGGAGCCGGAUUUUUCGGGAUGUGAAAGAGGACCUUCAUGGGGUGGAUGUGACACAAUGGGGGUUCGCCGUUGGCCAUCUCCAUAGCUGUGAUACCCAGAGACCAAAUAUCGGCCUUGAAGCUGUAGCCGUCUUGUUGAAUCACCUCCGGGGCCAUCCAGAAAGGUGUUCCGACAAAAGUGUUUCGCUGCGAUUUGAUGUUGGUCAAUUGGGCUGCAACUCCAAAAUCGGCAAGCUUGACUUUGCCGGUCUCGGAUAAGAGAACAUUGGCCGCCUUGAUAUCUCUGUGAAUCUUGCCCUCAUUGUGAAGGUAUUGGAUGCCCAGUAGCAGUUCGCGA